AUGCGGCCUAUAAACCCCCUCGUCCAAACAAAAGAAUCGCAACCCCCCCCUCUCGGUGAUCUCGUCGAAGCCAUCAACCAAAAGCAGCUCAAGGAUACUAAUGGAGAUGGCGUCACUUAUGGGAUCACAGACACUGAGCUCAUAGCCUCCUACAACUGGGCUGAUCAGAAGGCCCCAAAGAUCAUUGUCCCUGGACGUCCACGCCUUUGGAAGCCGUUGGAGAAACCUCGACAGCUUGAAGAGGACAACGGCGUAUACUAUCGCGACAACAACUCCGCCUUCUUCCCAAAGCAUCCCCUCGAGCCGGCGAUUGUCUCCAUAAUGAAGAUGCAUCCGAGCUCCCUUGACAUUGACAUUGUCGGAUGCAACAGCACCAUCGGAAAUCUCCUGCGGUUUGUUCAAGGGACAGAGCGCUCAUUCCGUAUGCUCGUGGAGGUGGUGGGCAAGACGGUACAUCUCAUUCGCAGAGAAAACUCGCCAAAGGAGCAGAUACUGGGGGUCCGAGGCUUUGGACACGCGUUCCCAGAGGCUUACACCACUUGGACUCCUGACGUUCGGCCAUCCAAGUCGCACCAUAGAAUUCUCAAGUUCCGAUUCGGCGGGCUUGACUUGCUGGUGCGACACAGCGCUGACGGGUGUAUUGAAGGCCAGGACAACAAGGCCUCUUCUGACGCAGAGUCUCCAACUGCAAAAGACGAGGACCUGAGCAGUCUGCUCGGGAGCCUCUCAAUUGGCCCAGCUUCUUGUUUGCCUGCUGAUUUGGAGCACCUCGAGGUGGUAGACGGUGGCCAAAUCACGUCCCAAGACUCCAUCUUCGACCUCAAGACUCGCUCAAUCAAAGCCAUCGGCAGAGAUACCCUGGGCGAAGAGCUACCACGGCUGUGGCUCGCUCGAAUCUUCAAGUUCAUCUUGGCUCAUCAUACACGAGGGACUUUUGACAACGUCGAAGUUGCCGACGUACGUGACGAGGUCAAAGAAUGGGAAGAAUCACAUCAAGAAGAACUCGGCCGUCUGAGCGCUCUGUUGCAUCGCAUACAGGCCAUAGCGUUGGAAAACGAGGACACAUUGUUGGAGAUUGUGAGAGUGGACAGCGGGCCUUUGGAGAUUCGGAAACGCCUUCCGGAUGCAGGCGUUGCAUUCUCGGACGAGGUGAAAGAGCAGUGGCUCAAGUGGCUUGAACGUGGAGAUGAAGAGUCACUUGAAGACAGUGAUGGUGACAGUGGCAGCAAUAGUGAAGGCGGCGACUUGACUGCAUGUGACGAAGAAUGUGGGUAUUGCGGUAAAUGCAGUUCGUGA